UGCGCACUUUUAUCAUCAGAAACGCGUUCACAACGUGAUAUAAUAUAGCAGUCAACGCGCGAGAAAAUCACUUUAACAGCUUCUCAAGUUUAACACUAUCAAGUUUUCUUUCGUUGUCACUGGUUUUCGCAUCUUGACAAUGCCGUUUCUUGGACAAGACUGGCGGUCUCCUGGUCAAAGCUGGGUGAAAACCGAGGACGGCUGGAAAAAAACGACGAAAGCUGAGAACGAUACGAAUAACAGUGUUUCAGAGCGGAAGAGUUACUGCAAAGGGGAGCAUGACAAGGAGAAUUUGAUCCUAGGCAUUAAUUAUGAUGUGGCUGCAAAGAAGCGAAAGAAGGACUUUCUGAACAACAACACAAAGAUUCCUUAUUUUCACAAAGACAAAUGGAUUUAUGUCCACAAAGGGAGCACCAAGGAGCGUCAUGGAUAUUGUACUCUGGGUGAAGCGUUUAAUCGCUUGGACUUCUGCAGUGCCAUCAAAGACACCAGGCGAUUCAAUUAUGUCGUAAGGCUGCUGGAACUGAUCGCCAAGUCCCAACUUCCUUCGCUGAGCGGAGUGGCACAGAAAAACUACAUGAACAUUCUGGAAAGGGUUGUGCAAAAAGUUCUUGAGGAUCAGCAGAAUGUUCGACCGAUUAAAGAACUGCUGCAGACACUAUAUGCAUCGUUGUGCAGUCUGGUUCAGGACAUGGGCAAGUCCGUCCUUGUGGGGAACAUCAACAUUUGGGUGCACCGCAUGGAGAACAUACUGCAGUGGCAACAGCAGCUUGACAACAUUCAGAUCAACAGGCCCACAAACACAGGGAUGACCUUCCUUGAUCUUCCAGUUAGCUUAAAGCUGAACAUCAUGCACCGUCUCUCAGACGGACGAGAUCUGGUCAGCCUGGGUCAGGUAUGCCCCGACCUAAGUGUGCUGUCAGAAGAUCGGCUGUUGUGGAAGAAACUCUGCCAGUAUCACUUCACAGACAGACAGAUCCGCAAGCGCCUAAUGAUGUCAGAAAAAGGACAUUUGGAAUGGAAAAAGAUGUAUUUUAAGUUGUGCCGGUGCUACCCUCAUAAGGAGCAGUACAGUGACACAUUACAGUUCUGCACACAUUGCCACAUCCUGUUUUGGAAGGAUACUGAUCAUCCUUGCACUGCCAACAACCCAGAGAGCUGCUGCAAGGCCGUGUCUCCACAGGGUUUUAUCAACCUUUUCAAGUUCUAGGGGGCACUGCAUUGCUGCCAUGUACAUAGUGUCAAUAGUGCAAAGGAUUCCUGGAUGACUUGAGACAGGGAAAAAAUGGGGUUGCAUUAGAAGCAGGUGUCAUAAUGUUUUGUGGAGAAGCUUGGAAACUGAAUGUACUUGAGAAAUAUGCAAGAUGAGAAACUAAAGAGUUGUGUUGGGGGAAAAUAUGCUCGGUUUAUUUAUAAAGGAUUUAUUUAUAUUUAUUCAGCAUGGAUCUUGUUUACUCAAGAAAAAAAGUUACAUCAAGGAUGUUUAAAUGAAUCCUACAUGCAUGAAAAGUUGCCCUUAUGCUGUCAGGAUGCCCUAGUUUCUUCUGUGAAUGUAAUAUAGGUUUGAUUUUUGGCAACACAGACAUUUAUUGUAGGAAUUACAGAUAGCAUAUUGGUGCUUUAGCAAGUGCAUGAAAUGGGAAUGUUUACCAAAAUGGCCUUAACACUGGUGUGCAAUACUUUUCUAAAUACUACUUUUUUUUUUUUCACUUUUAUACAUUUGAUAUUUUCAGUGGUUUGUGAUUUAAACAUUCUUGUUUUUCUAAACACAAUAAAUAAGUAAUCCAAGGUGCCUUAUUCUGAGUGGUCAUAAGCAAAUUUAAAAGAUGUCAUUAAUUUCUAAAUAAAACGUCUGAAUCAUAUUAAUUUAGUUCUAUAAGAGAAUUGCCAAAUAAAAUAUUUAUAUAGAUGCUGUAGUGAAUUUAUCACAAUUCAUAAUAACUCAUCACCUGUUGCAUGUUUUGGAUUUUCUUUUUUCCAACUUGUUCCAACUCUGCUUACUAUGUUAUCUUUGGUAUUGGAAGAACAUAUCUGACAAAGAAAUACAGAAAUCUAUACACGAGAAUAUAUAAAGAACAAAAAGUCACUGGACUUGUUGAUGAAAUAACCCACAAUCUAUCAUUACCUUGCAAGAUUUUUACUGCUGUCUUGUGUUCAAGAUAUAUAUGUAUUAUUAUUAUUAUUAUUAUUAUUGAUAAAUUAUGAAUAUAAUAUAUCUGGUGGUGACUAUGGUUUUUGUUAAACUAUAGAUGUGGUCUACAAGUACUUGUGAUACUGGGUAUUUACCUAAAGUUACUAAAUUCAAUUGUGACUGCGUCACACCAAUCACUAAAUAAUACUGUACUAAAAAUGUGUCCUUUUUUAUAGAUUAGUUUUAUUGUUGAGUUACAUGUUAUUUUGACAUUAAAAUAUAUCAAAGAAA